CUCCCUCCGGCAACUUCCCAGUAACUGCGGGAUCAGAUGCAGCCACCGCCCCGGAACCAGGCCUCCCCUCUUCUGCCUUCCAGGAGGGGGCCCAGGAGCAGCCCUCGGGAGGACAGUCUCCCGCGCGUCCCCGAGUCCCUUUGGCCACCCGGAGUCGUCGAUCCAGGCGGAGGAGGCCGGGAGGGGGCCGCCCUCCCCGCGAGGCUCCAGACUCCGGCAUUUCCUCCCCCCGCUGCCCGGCGCGGCCUUUCCCUCCGAAAGAAGAAAAUCCCCGGGGCCGGAGUAACACAGCCGCUCGGCCCUCGUGCUGAGCCGCGGCGGAGCCGAGAGGGCCGCCCAGGGUAGGGUAGGAGUCCGGGGCAGAAGCUGGCCGAGGGCGGCGCGGCUGGGACCGAGCGGGCCAGCGCCAGGGCGCGGCCAGGGGCCGGGGCGAGCAGCGCGGGCGGCGCCUGCAAGGGGAACUUGAGCUGGGAGAGGAGGCAGAGCAGCGGGGCUGCUGGCUCCGGCGCGGCGGCGAGCGGGAAGCCUCCUCCAAGGCCAAGGACACGGGGGCCUCGGGGCCACCGAGGCGCUGCGCGCAUGCUGGGCAGGGGACACCACCCGGGCUCCCGCCCUGGGCCGCCCGGGCUCCCGGGAUGUCCGUGCGCUACACGCUCAACCUGCGGGUCUUCUGGCCCCUGGUGACCGGGCUGUGCACGGCCCUGCUGUGCCUCUACCAUGCCCUGCGCAGCAGCAGCAAGGGUGCCCAGGCCGAGCCCCCCGACGGCCCAGACGGCGGCUUCCCGCUGCUCAAGGUGGCCAUCCUUCUGCUCCUCGGCUACAUCCUCCUCCGAUGUCGCCACGCCAUCCGCCAGCGCCUCUUGCCAGGCUCUUCCCGCCCAGGUGGUCACGCCAGCUUCCCAGCCAGACCCUUGCAGGAGCCAGGCCUGGGCAUCUUGCUGGAGAGUUACUAUGAGCACGAGGUGCGCCUGUCGCCGCACGUGCUGGGCCACAGCAAGGCGCACGUGAGCCGGAUCGUGGGUGAACUGGUGCAGGCCGGCCGGGCCCGGGGGUCUCCGGGCCCCAUCACCGGGGGGGCGCUGGCCUUGGCCUUCCGGGGAGAUUUCAUCCAGGUGGGCAGUGCCUACGAGCAGCACAAAAUCCGCCGGCCCGACAGCUUCGACGUGCUGGUGCCGCUGCGCCUGCCGCCGCAGGUGGCGCUGGAGCCCCGGAGCCUGGGGACCGAACCCGCGUUGAGCCCGGCCUCCCGCUGCUGCUUCGUGUGCGCCCUCAAGGCGCCGCCGUCGCCGUCGGGGACCUCGGCGAGCCAGUGGCAUCGCGACUGCAGGCCCUUCGCCGAAGGCUUCUGUGUGGACGUGCAGGGCCGGCGCCACCUCUCGGCGACCCUGGUGCUGCGCUGGUUCCAGGCGCACCUCCAGCGCUCCCUGGCCACGGUGCGCUACAGUCUGGAGGGUCGCUGUCGGGUCAGCCUGACCCCGGGCGGCCUGGAGCAGCCCCCCACCCUCCACAUCCUCCCCUGCCGCACGGACUACGGCUGCUGUCGCCUCUCCAUGGCCGUGCGCCUCAUCCCCGCUGUCCAUCUGGGCGACGGCGUCUUCCUGGUGGCCCCGCCGCCGCCGCCCUCGCCCAGCGGCGCCCUGGCGGAGCUCCCGGGUGGCUUGCGCGCCGAGGCACUGUGGGGCGUGAACACGGCGCGCCAAGAGCAGAAACUGCUGGGCUGGCUUCAGGAACGGGCGCCUCCAGGUGCCUGCUACCUCAAGUGCCUGCAGCUGCUUAAGGCUCUUCGAGACUUGGGUACCCGCGGGCUGGACCCGGCGGCUGCUGCCCGCUGGGGCCGCAUCAUGUCCUCCUACGUGCUCAAGACGGUGCUGCUGGCGGUGCUUUUGAAAGAGGGCGGCCCAGCGCCCGGCUGGGACGAGGCCCACGUGUGUGAGUGCUUGGAGAAGCUGGUCAAGUUCCUUAGGGACUGCCUGCUGCGGCGCCGAGACCUCUUCCACUGUGUCUUAGGCCCGGGCGGGGCGGCUGCCGAGGUGGGUCCCCUGCCCAAGGUGCUGCGUGAGGCCCCUCCACUUGACCUCCUGGCACCUUUUGACCUGCACUCCCGGGAGCUUGUCGCGGCGCGGUUGCUGUCCACCUGGCGAAGGUUGCCCCAGCUUCUCCGGGUCUACGGGGGUCCCCGAUACCUUGCCCGGUGCCCCUCACCCCGGGGUCAACACAACCCAGGCUUCCCCGAAGAUGAACCAUGAACCCCGAAUUACACCCCGCCUGAUCAAAUGCCCCUUUCCCACAGGGUGGGAGUGAGGGUGGCAAGUUAGAUUUGAAAUGAGCUGUACGAGGUGUUUCAUAACUUGGAGGAUGUCAUGGGCUUUGGUGGCACAAAUGUUCUGUCCUAGGCUCCGUGAUCUGAGAUAGCUGUGGCAUCUUCAUUAGAGUAUCCUGGAUGGGCUUCUGCACAGCCAUCGCUCUGCUCCCAGAUUAUUAGAAGCAAUCAUUUUAAAUUUUAUUUUAUUAUUAUUUUUUAGAAUCCAUUUCCACAACUGGAAUUGAAAUUCUAGUCCAGCUGUUAAUAAUCUAAAGUCAUAAUUUAGCUAUUCCCAUGAGCAUUCAUGUUUUUUUUCUUUCUUUUCUUUUGAUGGUGCAGUCACAGGUUUGUUGAAAAGGAUGAAUGGAAUUGUCAGAAAUCAAGCGGCCCGUGCUAAGAGGAGGUAGAGAACUGGCUAGUGACUCUCAGAGCAAGGGGUGCUUUAUUCCAGUCCUUCUCUGGGCCUGCGGGGGCUCCGUGCAGUUAUUCGAAAGACCGAGGCUCUGUAAAGCAGCCGGCUGCCGUUCAGCACUUGUCCAGGUCACAGGUGGGGAUUUGCACUUGACAUUCAACACCUGCUCAUUUGAGCCAGGCAGAAUGCAGAGGGGAAAGAUCCCUAAUUAAGACAGGCCUGGCAAAAGUGUAGAACACAAGUCUUGAAAAGGAUCCUGCCUAGGGCUGUCAGCUGGCCACAACUGGCUUUUGUUUCAAAGCUUCUAGGCAAAGGCCCUGAAAGCUUGCUUCAGAGUGUGAGGACCUAUGAGAAGAAGACUUGGCAGGCUGCCUGGUAUGGGCUAGGAUUCAGCGAUGCCCGGUGUUGGGGUAGUGGUUGGAAGGUUCCUUGAUUGCCCAGGCAGCCUGGGAUAGUCUUGAAGGCCAGUUUUUGCUUCUGCUUGUGAAAGAAAGAGUAGCUUGCGGCGUGUGCUUGGAGACCUGUCACUCCCCACCAGUGGACAGAAAAGAUGGACCAUGGGAGCUGAAGGAGGACCGAGGGAGCUGGCCUUACAGUGCUUUGCUCUUCUCAGCCAUGAACUUCCCUGGGCUGGGCGCAUCUCGCAGUCAGGAGCUCAUUCUCCAGUGUAUCCUAGCCUCCUGCUGCUUCCUGACAGUUCCCAAUAGCAGUUCAAGUUCAUCUUCUCUAUGCCAAUGGGAAGUGAGGCCAGUCUCGGCACUAUACUUAGGGAUUUUUUUUUUUUUAAACAUCAAAGAUGUGUGUGCCCUUAGACUGUCUAAAGUGAAGGUUGGAAGACAAAAGUGGUCACAUGAAUAAGCUCAUUGUUCAAUUUCUUAGCUAUUUGGAGGGAACUUUGCAAACCCCUUUCUCUGGGUCGUCAGGUUGGCAAUUGAUGGGAGUAGAUUGUGUGUAGGGAGCUUCUCAUUAGAGCUGUGUAGGCUUCUUGUACCCUUUGCAACUGUGGACUGGAAGAGAAGGAGCUGUCUCGUUGAGUUGUUUUGGAGAACAUUCCUCUUGAUACCCAGCAGUCAUUCCUAGUUUUUUGAGGCCAGUGUUUGUUCACAAGGUACGGCUUUGGAUGAAGGAGUAGUUCUGUCUUGCAAAGACAGGAACUGCACAGUGAGUUUGAUUUUAAAAUACUUUAAAGAGUCAAUGCCAGGGAAGGUUUGUGUGUGUGUGUGUAUGUGUGUGUGUGUGUGUGUGUGUGUGUGUGUCUGUCUGUCUGCUGGUGUGUUCAAUACACACAUAAUUUCUGUCUAUACUCAGUCUGUUGAUUCCUCUGUAGUCAUUAAGUUGGAACAGAGGACAGUAAGGCAAUUUUCCAACUAUUUCUAGUUAAGCUUCUGGAUUUCUUUUCUUUUUCCUUAAAUCUUGAUAAUAUUUUAAAGUAUAAAUCUGGUUAUGGUCAUAAAUAUGAAUAGCUUGUAUAAAUAUCUUUCUUAUAGGUUUUUUUUCCGUUAUUUUUAUUCUGGUUAAUUGCCCAAAGCUUCAUCCAUCCCCAAAGCUUUUAAAUUGUAUUUUUAUUAUUAAUAUUAUUAUUAAAUUAAUGGGCAUUGUUUGUAAAUUUAAAAAAAAUUAAUGUUUUAUUUAAGUGCCAUGCUGAACAGUCAUGCUCGCUAUGUGGCAACCAAAACUUACGAGAUUUCGAUCAAUUUUGAUCCACGUGUAGUGUAGUGAUCCGAAGCAUGUACUGUGUACAGAUGUGAUAACAGGGCUGUUAGCCAAGUACGGUGGCUGCCGAGGCCUUUAAAUUCAGCUCAGCUCUGCAUUUCAUUACGGCUGCUGUCAUGCCCUCUAUCUGACAAGCACACAUUUUUGGUACGGAGAGUCGUAUAUGCCAAUAUUCUCAUAUAGGACAGUUCUACCAAAAAAAAAAAAAAAAGAAGAAGAAGAAGAAGAAGAAGAAGAAGAAGAAAAAGAAAAGAGUUGUUUAGCCAGUGCCCAAAGAAAAUGUUUUGAGGAAGAUGACUCAGCCUUUUUCAGCCAGACACGUCAGUAACUCCCAUUGCCCGGCUCGGAGCCUUCUUGGAAUGCUCGUGGGCUGCUGGUAGACUAUGUGUUUUGCAAAAUGAAGCUGGAGUGGAAAGCGAGGACAGUUUGAGUGGAUGAAACUAUUCUCUGAGGAUCUGGGGAGGGAAGACUUAAGAUGGACGUGAAAGGAAGAGAAAGACGGGAGGGAAACAGGUGAGGAUACCUUGAGGGUGGGAGAGAGUUUUACGUGAGGAAAAGUGUUUUUAGGUAUGUGCUAUUUCCAGCCGGGAGUCACAAACCCAGUGGCCUAAAGGCAGGGAAAUAAAUACAAAGGGGAGGCUGGUGGGGACUGUGUGUACCUUAAAGGAGGCGCUAUGGCUCAGCUCCAGGCAGGGAAAGAAAGGGCGGGGCCAAGAGUGUUCAUUUCUACUUUAUCUCUCAGAGUUAAGCUUUGGUAUAGAAAUAACAGCAGAAAAAAAAGAUUAACACAGCCGCAGAUAACAUUUAUCCCCAGUUCCUAGGGCCCCCAUGCAAGCCUGGCUCUCCAGUUAGAAUCCCAACUAAAACAUUUGGGGCUAUUUCUGGAUUUUUUUUUUUUUUUUUCUGGUGAUUUGAGGUCAACCUCUUAGCCUGGCUGGAGUUUGCAGAUGAGUAAUGAGAAGAACUGCAGAAUAACUUCUUUCUUUGUAUUUGGUUCCUAUAUAAAGAUUAUUAUUAUUAUUUAUUAUUAUUAUCCUUGGUAACUAGCCCAGAAUAGGAAGCACAAUGUUGACUGGAGGCAUUAAACACCAGCAAAACCAAAACAAGAGCAAUAGCCAGUGUUCUCUCUUUGGGCCAAAUUCCAUGGAUUCGUACUAUCCCCACCUCUAAGAACACUGGCCGACUUGACUCCCAACAUUCUUAUACUUUUCUGACUCAGUGCCUCCACCACAGUUAACACUAGCUGAGCCUUCUCCAAAGCAUCUUUUGCUACCCGCUGGAGGAAGUAAUGUUUUCCACAGAACUGGGCUUCCUGGCUUUGACCUUGACGAAGAGGUUUUUUUUUUUUUUGUUUUUUUUUCCCCCAUAUUUACACAAAGGAAAAAUUCCUCUCAUGGUGGAGAAAAUAGACCUCACCCAGAUUUCUAACACCCCCAAGAAGGAAACUGGUUCAGUGUUACCACUGUGGCGCGUGUUAGUUUUUUUUAAUUGCUUCUCUGUAACUUAGACCUAUCUAUGUUUUUAACGGCACACGGUGGGGUGGGAAUAGUGCUAGUGUAUGUCAAGAGAGGGUGGUAAAUUCCAGGUCGUGUGCACAGAGAAAAUCGCCUUAAGACCUGCAGCUAACUCAUAUGUAAUCUGGAAGUAUUAGAUACCCAGGAAUAUUUCAGUGCCUUUUUGCAAUAACAGAAAAGAAAAAGGUGUCUUGACUUGAAGCAUUCCAGCAUUGGCUGUUUUCAAUGUGCCUUCUGACCCCAACUGAACACUGGGAUACGGUUUGGGAGUCGAUGUUACAGCCUAAGUGUGUUCCACUAAAAGAGACCAAAGAGUUAAUCAGACCUGGUUAGCUGCUAUAACAACUGUGUGAUUAAGGAUGUCUUAAUCACGCAGUCUCCAUGGCCCUGGUGGUCAAGGCCUGUCGCUCCUCUUCAUGUGAAGUGGAGUGAAUUUGCACUUUUGAUCCUGUGGGCCGCUAGGGGACCUUGUUCUUUCCCAUUUUGCUGUAUCAAUAAAGGAACUUGUGGAAACCUCC